UCAGGAAAGACCUGCUGCUGUGAUAGAGCCAGGACAUAGACACAGUCAUGUUGUAAUUACUGCUUCCCUUACUAAUUGAACCCUGAGAAAAAGAUGCCAGGCGGACAGUUGUGCCAUGCUGGCGACUCACCUUAAACCAAGACGGGACAGAGCUGACUUUUCCGGGGCAGACGCAGACUUUUUCUAACCCGCGUGUGCUGGAGUGACUCUUCGACAAUGUCCUCGCCGGGAAGCAACAGUUGGACUGAAAGCCAUAAGCACUAAUCCGGCGUAGUAAUACCCGUCUUUGACAAUAAUUCCGCUGCGGUGGCAUGUGAUUCCACUCCAAGACAUUCAUUCAUGCACGAGUGCUUCCUGCGCACGAGUGCAGCCGUAGGAAGCUAGAACUUUCUAUUAUUGAUUAUAGCGGAGUGUUUGAUUGGACCUGGAUGACACAGAGAAACAUCAAGGAGGUCGACGGGCGGACGACAGACUAAAAGGAGGAGAGUGAGGGAGUCCCAGCACCAGAGAGGUAAAGGGAGGAGGGGGUCUUCCCUUUCUCUCUCUCCACCCGUCUCGUCGCCAGGCUGGCAGGCCCCGCCAUGGCAUUCACCUUUGCGGCCUUCUGCUACAUGCUGACCUUGGUGCUGUGCGCCGCCCUCAUCUUCUUUGUCAUCUGGCAGAUUAUUGCGUUUGAUGAGCUGCGCACGGACUUCAAAAACCCCAUCGAUCAGAGCAAUCCCACCAGAGCGAGGGAAAGGAUUCUCAAUAUCGAGCGAAUCUGCAACCUUCUCCGCAGAUUGGUGGUGCCAGAGUAUUCAAUCCAUGGGCUCUUUUGCCUGAUGUUCAUGUGUGCUGGAGAGUGGGUCACACUUGGCCUAAAUAUCCCGCUCCUCUUCUACCAUCUGUGGAGGUUUUUCCAUCGACCGGCGGAUGGGUCAGAGGUCAUGUACGAUCCUGUAAGUGUGAUGAACGCCGACAUCCUCAACUACUGCCAGAAGGAGUCCUGGUGUAAGCUGGGCUUUUAUCUGCUCUCUUUCUUCUAUUAUCUCUACAGCAUGGUCUAUGCCCUGGUGAGCUUCUAACAAGCUCAUGCUGAGACCGAGGUACAACAUCCGAAAGGAAAGAACCUUCCCACCAGUGGCUUGGGUUUUCCAAGGUCUUAUUUUGGAAUACAAAACAAAAACAAGAAAAAACCCACUCUGAGUGCCAUUGUGAAUGUAAAAGGUGUUUAUAUUGCUUCAUGUCAAACACUGCUGUGACCCAGAUGGACAAAAGGUAUGAAUGAAGGAUGGGAGAGGUGCGUGCUGCCUUUUGACGCCUGAUUACAAAACUCUCUGAAGGGCUGGAGUAAUGCCAUGCUGCUCUUACUGAUCCAGUCUCUCAACUCACUGUGAUUCUCCAAACACUUAACAUGGGCUGGAACACAAAACUAUAAGUCUGUAAUGUUUGACUUUGAAAAGCUGCAUAUGGCAAGCUAUUUGCUAUUAUUGUGUAUAUUUUCAAAAAAUAGACACCUCUAAUAUUCAACCACUGUUUUUCUGUAGAGUUUCAGGUACAUGAGUGUAAGGAGGAUGGGAUGUUAAAACCCCCCACUAAAAACACAGACAGGAAUAUAACAGAUUGGUGCGUGCACAGACACUUUCAACCAAGACGGAAAAAAAGCUUUGACCAUCAGGUUCAUCAUGAUCAUAUUUACAUUGUAAUAAUAAUAAUAAUAAUAAUAAUAAUAAUAAUAAUAAUAAUAAUAAUAAUAAUAAUAAUGUUGAAGUCUCCAUGCUGACAUUCUUAAGUGUGUUUUUAGCCGUAAGGACAUUUUGUGUGGUAAUUAUAGCUAGAAGAGAGUGUUUUGUUCAUAGAUUCACUGCCAAAUGUUUGUACCUGAAAAGCAUUGUGCCAAAGAGCAUGAAGCAAGUGAAAACAAAAACAAUGAGCUUUGAAAAAUGCCAGCAGGCUUUGUCUGGGUUUUCACUUUCUUCAAGACGUUUUCCAACAUUGGUGCAAUGGGUUUCUUAAAGGAAAACAAGAAGAUAGAAGAAACAAAAUUAAUUAUGUUCUGUAUUUUUUGUGUGCAGAAAAAGCCUUAUUUCCGGUGAUGUUUAAUCAUUAGCAUCGCUGCUAGCCAUUUUAGCACAGCGACAUUGCUCAGAUCCGUAAUAAGGCAUAGAGCUCUUAUGUAUGAGAAGCAAUUUAAAACGUCACUCUUGCAAUGUAGUAGGUUUGAUAAUGUGUCUGUGUAAAAACAGUUAGGUUGGUUUAUGUCAACAAGCCGUCUAUGUCAACCAAAUCAUCAAGUCCCGGUCCACCGUGUUAUUUUUAUGACUAAAAAGUGCCCGCUUAUGUCGACAUUGGCUGCUUUUGUCGGCGUAAAAUCUGAGACCCAAAGGGUCAUUUCUAUGAAAAUCCAGUCUGUUUGUGUCAACGUGUGGUAUAGUAUUGUUAGAGCGGACCUAUGAUACAUUUAAUCUUUUUUGACUUAUAAAUGUUCUUACAUUGUUGGAUAUUCGUGUUAAACAGUGCUAAAAUGGCAAAUCAUAAAAUUCAUGCAUUUGGGCGUGAGCUUGCACGCAGUUUUGGACGCCUCCGUUAGCGGGGUUUGUCAGUCUGGCAAGGUGGACAUGUUUAUUUGGACAUUAAGUCAAGCUCUCAGCCAGCUGUACCUAACGUUGUGUCUGUAAGGUUGAUUUUUGACUAUGUCUGUAAAACAAAAGCGGUGAAGACUUCAUGAUGUGCAUCGAAACAGUGUACAUUUUAAAAUGAUCAAUUAUGAUACUCGCAGAGAGGGUGGGGCGUGGUUUCAUUUGCAAUCGGGGAACGCUUCCACAAAUGAAGAUCUUGCAGACAGACUUAAACAAAGGGUUAUAAAAGUGACUGUGGAGCAAAAUGUACGCAAAAUUCACACCAAAGCAUAUUCAAUACACAUGGUCUACACCAGUGUUUUUCAACAUUUUUUGAGCUAAGGCACAUUUUUUGCGUUGAAAAAAAUGCAGAGGCACACCACCAGCAGAAAUCAUUAAGAAACGAAACUUUGUUGAUAGUAAAAAGUCGUUGUCGCAAUUGCUGGAUAUGACUUUAAAGCAUAACCAAUCAAUAUAGCUCUUGUCUCAAAGUAGGUGUACUGUCACCACCUGUCACAUCACGCCGUGACUUAUUUGGAGGUUUUUUUGCUGUUUUCCUGUGUGUAGUGUUUUAGUUCUUGUCUUGCGCUCCUAUUUUGGUGACUUUUUCUCUUUUUUUGGUAUUUUCCUGUAGCAGUUUUUAUGUCUUCCUUUGAGCGAUAUUUCCCACAUUUACUUUAUUUUAGAAAUCAAGAAUAUUUCAGUUUUUUUAUCCUUUGUGGAGACAUUGUUGAUUGUCAUGUCAUGUUCAGAGAUGUACAUUGUGGACGCCGUCUCUGCUCCACAGUAAGUCGUGCUGUCGUCCAGCAUUCUGUUUUUGUUUACUUUGUAGCCAGUUCAGUUUUAUUCUGCAUAGCCUUCCCUAAGCUUCAAUGCCUUCUCUUAGGGGCACUCACCUUUUGUUUAUUUUUGGCUUAAGCAUUAGACACUUUUUACCUUCACACUGCCUCCCGCUGUUUCCGACAUCUACAAAGCAAUUAGCUACCUGCUGCCACCUACUGAUAUGGAAGAGUAUUACACAGUUACUCUGCCGAGCACUCGACAGCACCGACCACUCAACAACAACACAUAAUUUUCAGACUAUAAUUACUGGUUUGCAAAAAAUAUUUUUAACCCAAAUAGUUGAAAUUAGAUAAUCUCCCACGGCACACCAGACUGUAUCUCACGGCACUUAGUGCCGCGGCACAGUGGUUGAAAAACACUGGUCUAGACCACAAGGAAGUGUUUAAAAUUGUAGAUUAAAAUCAUCAUAGGUCCACUUUAACUUCCUCAGUGCGAAACGACAACAGCAACAUAACUACUGAAAAUACAUCAAAUGUGCGCAUCGUGCGAAGUAAACUUCAAAAUUACCGGAUUUUGUGAGGUUGUGCAGAUUCAAAUUUAAAUCUCUGCAUCGUGCACCUACUUCCUCACUUCUUGGUUUCCAUUGACAGAGAUGUCGAUUUGUGACGAUCAUCUCAUUUGUGACGUCUCUCAUUGUUUUGGUUUUAUCCACUCGUGAGCAGUAUGGGGUGGCACCGGGCGCUCAGCAAAAAUACAUUUGACAAUUUGUUCCAUGCUCAUUAUAUCUGUAAAGAGUAAUUUCACUAGUCUGGAUAGUGCGAUCAGACAUGCAGUAGUUGUUGCUUAAAGACCAAGCCUUUGCUCAAUUGCUCUUGUUUAUUAGUUGGAACUAUUUGUAGAUAUACUGCUACUGUUGCUCUAUUGUGAUUUGAACAGCAGAAGAAAUACAGAGAUUCAGGGGCCAGACAAAAGUGUAUCUGAAUCAAAUAUUUAUUGUAAAAUGAAGUGUAUGAAAGUCAUGUUUUAAUAGACAGUAAUACCAGGAAUAAGGACUGGAAUAAGAAAAAAUGCAAAUCAACAAUGGCUAUGUUUACAUGAACAAUAAUCCUCUUUUUCUAAAUGAAAACACUGUUGGAAUUGUGGUGUUCGCAUGAAAUGUUUGACUUUAAAUCAGUUUACGUGAUACAGCAGAUGUGUGUCCAAGUCCUUUUCUGACAAUUCCUUCUUAUUGUUAAAUAUUGGAAUACAGUGGUACCUCAACUUAAAGAGGAACUGCACUAUUUUUGGAAUUUUGCCUAUCGUUCACAAUCAUUACGAAAGACAUGACGACGGAUGGAUUUCUUUUUAAAUGCAUUCUAAAUAUUAAAUAAACAUAAAUAAAAGUCUACUCAUUGCGCAGCCAAUGGAAGCUCCACUAUUCCGCCCAUAAAAUCAAAUAAUUACUCUAUAAUUCUGACAAUCCAUUUACAUUUUGUGACUUCAACAUUGACCAAGUAUUCGUGAUAUUGUUAUUAUAAGCGCUAACGCAGACAAACUAUUUAUAGCAGCGAGGUCCUUUAGGACCUGGAACUAGCGAGAACGACACAAAAAGCGCUUAUUUCCUCCCAUUUCUCUGCGAAGAUUAUGAGUCAUUCUUUAUCUAAACGGGAAUAUAUGAACAUCCCGGAAGUUGGCAUCCUAAUGACAGCAGACAUUGUACAGUUAGUGAUGUUUUGUUGGCUCUCAUAAAGUCUGCAGUGAGUAGAAAUAUUAAAUAUUAUUAGUACUACAUUACAUAUAUACUUACAUCAUGUAUAUAAAACCCUAAUGGAGGAGUUUGGAUGUUUUUUAAGGGGCUUUAUAGGCAGAAUUGAACCGCUGCCAUAGGCUCCAUUGUAAGUGGACUUUUGAUGGAAUGUAUUUAAUAUUUAGAACGCAUUAAAAAAAAAAAAUCCAUCCGUUGUCAUGUCUUUCAUAAUGAUUGUGAACAAUAGGCAAAAUUUAAAAAAAAAGAGUGCCCCAACACAAGAGGGUUUUGAAAUAAUAGACGUUUCUCUGUGAAUUGUUAUGCUUCAAGUUACAGGCAAAAAUUGGUGUAGCAAAAGUCACAGUAAAUCUCGUAAGAGCCGCCAAAAACAUCUGGUCUUACUUGCUAGCAUUAGCUUACUGGUAGUUGUCUAAAAAACUUUGUUUUACAACCAUGGGAAAGAAGAACAUGAGUGCUGAGAGGAAGUGGAAGUUAUUUAUUGAAAUUAAAAAAAUCAAAAACAUGACAGUGUUGUGCCAAUUUGGUGAAGCAAUUCGAGCGUAUCACUGCUAGUUUGCACCAUAGCAGAAUGAGUGUUAUACUAGCCAAUAAUGUUAAAGGGGAACUGUAAUUUUUGGAAUUUUGCCUAUCGUUCACAAUCAUUAUGAAACACAUGACACAUUGAUUUUUUUUAAGCAUUCUAAAUAUUAAACGUAAAUAAAAGUCCACAUACAACGGAGUCAAUGGGAGGUCCUCUAUUCUGCCCAUAAAAUCCAAUAAAAAUCACCAUUCAACAAUACUCAAUUUACAUUUGGUGACUUGAAUAUUAACCAAGUAUUAGUGAUUUUGUUAUUAUAAGCGCUAACGCUGACAAACUAUUUAUAGCGGCGCUAUAAAUAGUUGUGUACAAUUUCGACAUGAUUCACUGGCGAGGUGUUUCCUCACUUCCUUGCUCCCUGGAAGUUUAUUGUAGAUCAUAAAUCAUGCCUCUCACCUAGAAAGUAGAUGGCUCCGACACGUUGGAUGGCGAGAACUACAAGAAAAGACGCUAGGUCCCCCUGCUUCUU